AUGGACGUAGUGCCUUCCGUUAACGGCGGGUCAAACACCGACGCUCCAGAUGUUGCGACGCCUCGGGAUCCCUUCUCCGGUCCGCUCCAGUCGGUUGCGCCCUGGAACUACACGUUAAUUUCGUGCAUGAUGUUUGCAGUGACUUCCCUUUCGUUGGCAGAAAACUCCACAGUUAUGCUAGUAACCUAUAAAUUUAAACAGCUGAGACAGCCCCUGAAUUACAUUAUUGUCAACUUAUCUGUGGCUGACUUCUGCUUGUCGCUGGUUGGAGGCACAAUCAGUUUCCUGACCAACGCGCGCGGUUACUUCUUCCUGGGAAGGUGGGCGUGCGUCCUGGAGGGAUUCGCUGUGACUUUUUUCGGGAUUGUGGCUCUCUGGUCUUUGGCAAUCCUGGCAUUUGAGCGUUUCUUUGUGAUCUGUCGCCCUUUGGAAAAUGUCCGUUUGGGAGUCAAUCAUGCAGCACUGGGUCUUCUGUUCGUCUGGACGUUCUCCUUUAUCUGUACUAUUCCUCCAGUGCUUGGGUGGAACAGCUACACGGUUAGCAAGAUUGGCACCACUUGUGAACCCAACUGGUACUCAAGAGACUUCAAUGACCAUACUUACAUAAUCACCUUCUUUGUCACCUGCUUUAUCCUUCCACUUGGAGUAAUCAUUGUCUCCUAUGGCAAACUCAUGCAGAAACUCAGAAAGGUGUCCAACGCUCAUGGAAAACUAGGGAACGCUCGGAAACCGGAUCAAGCCGUGGCACGGAUGGUCAUCGUAAUGAUAAUUGCCUAUAUGGUAGCCUGGACACCUUAUGCAGCGUUCUCUAUCAUUGUCACUGCCUAUCCAACCAUUAGUAUUGACCCUCGCCUUGCGGCAGCACCAGCCUUCUUCGCAAAGACUGCAGCUGUGUACAAUCCGGUCAUUUAUGUGUUCAUGAACAAGAAGUUCAGAAAGUGCCUGAUUCAGAUGUUUAAAGGCAAUGGCACCAGCAUUGAUUCAUCCCAUAUGAACCCUACCUCCGACAAAGGGCCAGUCACACGAACAGAAAGUCACUUGGGAGAGAUGUCCUCCAUUGCUGCCCAUGUGCCCAUGACCAUGUGCAACCUGGAGAAGACUGUUGAGGAUGAUGAUGAAGAAGAAGAGCAGAACCAGAAUGAAAAUGGAGGCUCCAUGAAACUUCCUCUAUCAGAAAGCCGAGUGUGUCCUCUAUAG